CAUCUUACUAACUGUACAACCACCGCACUGCCUUUACAACCGCAGACUCCUUUCAGCUGACCAGUUGCUUGUCAAGAGCAUGAUUCAGCCAUACUAACUCACAGGUUCUUAGUACUUGCAUCUCUCGCAACCCUCUCGCCUCAUCUUAAACCUCCGGGAAGUCCGUCCAGACCACCAAUCGACCGACCCCUUUCUUUUUUUCGAGCGCUGCCCACGAGAAGGACCGCACUUGACAAAUUGAUGAACCAAGAAUAACCUGGAGACAAAAUGGAAAACUACCAGAAGAUAGAAAAGAUUGGUGAAGGGACAUACGGUGUCGUCUACAAAGCCCGCGAUCUGUCCAAUGCCGGCCGCAUUGUCGCUCUCAAGAAGAUCCGCUUGGAGGCAGACGACGAGGGUGUUCCUAGUACAGCCAUCCGCGAAAUCUCUCUGCUGAAGGAAAUGAACGAUCCUAACAUUGUGCGACUCUUAAACAUCGUUCAUGCUGAUGGUCACAAACUCUACCUUGUCAUGGAAUUCCUCGACCUUGACCUCAAGAAAUACAUGGAGGCUCUGCCAGUGUCAGAGGGUGGUCGAGGCAAGGCACUUCCCGAAGGGUCGACCAUGGACAUGCAGAGACUCGGUUUGGGCAAGGAUAUGGUGAAAAAGUUCAUGGCACAACUGGUUGAGGGUGUUCGCUAUUGCCACAGCCAUCGUAUCUUGCACCGGGAUCUGAAGCCUCAGAACUUGUUGAUUGAUCGAGAAGGCAAUCUUAAGUUGGCGGAUUUUGGUCUUGCUCGCGCUUUCGGUGUGCCAUUAAGAACUUACACCCACGAGGUCGUCACACUGUGGUACCGCGCUCCAGAAAUCCUCCUUGGUGGCCGACAAUACUCUACCGGCGUCGAUAUGUGGUCUGUCGGUGCCAUCUUCGCCGAGAUGUGUACACGAAAACCUUUGUUUCCUGGUGACUCCGAGAUUGACGAGAUCUUCAAGAUCUUCAAACUGCUCGGUACACCCGACGAAAACACCUGGCCAGGCGUGACAUCCUUUCCCGACUUCAAGACCUCGUUCCCUAAGUGGCGACGAGAACCAAGCAGCAAGAUGGUUCCCAGCCUCGAACCUGCCGGUCUCGAGCUCCUAGAAGCCAUGCUUGAAUACGAUCCUGCUCACCGUAUCUCUGCGAAAGCAGCCUGCAACCACCCAUACUUCGCAGCUGGAUCAGCCGCGUAUUCUCAGCGUACCAAUGGUGCCCCUCGGAUAAAUGGGUUUCAUUGAAUCGGAAAGACGGGCAAUGAGAAAUGAUGUUCGUGGGUUGAAGGCUUGUGUCACACCUGGCGUUUAAGGCUUGCAUUGGACCGGGAUGAUUUAUGCAUGCGGCUUGCUUGGGAUUUGGCUAGAGAAGAGGCAACGAUUGACAUGGGUGAAACGGCUGUUAUUGAGUACAGGAAUUUUCCUUUUUCUUAUGCGAGGGGACAUUAUCCAUUUGGACGCACGGGGGCUUUCGACAAGAGGUCUCCGUCUGUCGAGGCUGCGUGCACUGCACCGAGCUUCUCCUGUGUAAGAUCUCAUUCAUAAAAAAGAAAGCAAGCAGAAAAGACACAAAUCUGCGUUGAAAGCUCUCAACGACGUGAUAUGGUCGCUUUCCAGGGGCGAUCCAUGGCUACG